AUGUCUCUACAUGGAACUCACAUCGCGGCAAAAACAUGGCUGUUGACGCGAAACCCUGCAUCGUCGCUACCUUUUGGUGUGCCAUCUGUGGAAACGUACGCCUCUGGCGCCGACCGCGGUCUAGGCCUGUUUGCUGCUCGCCAAAUUACCCGUCACUCUGUGAUCAUAGCCGACAAGGCCAUGAUUCUCAUGAAGCCUACCGAUGACCUCCCGGAACUCUAUGCACAAUAUCUUAACUUGUCUGCCGAUCAACAGGAGCGAUAUUUGACUCUCGGAAGUGCGGUAAAUGAGGCGCGGGACGCUUUGCUUGUGGAGAAAAUGCGUAGUCGCGAACUCCACAAGAUACACGGAGACGAUGGCGUACUCAACAUGAAGAGGGUGGCAAGCAUUAUGCAGACGAAUGCUUUCAACGUUGAUACUGGCGAUGGACAGGGUGCGCGUCACCGAGCCCUGUUCCCAUUGUUAGCUAGAGCCAACCAUUCCUGUAUGCCGAACGCCCACGUGUGCUACUAUCCUUCGGGGCGUGAUCCCGAAGGAGACAAAAAAGGCCGCAUGUUCGUGCACGCGCUGCGCACAUUAGAUGCUGGCGAGGAAAUCUUAAUAUCUUACUUCGACAUUCUUUUACCUCGAGAUGAACGACAGUCACGGAUGAGCAAGUGGGGAUUUCAAUGCCAUUGCCCGGUUUGCGAUGAAGAUCCGACGGAAUCCGACGGCUUGAGCCUAGAAGCACAGAGACAAUUUAUCAGAGAGUGGCUGUCUUUGCAGGCGCAGGCUCUACGCAGCCCGCAACUUACAAUCGCUCAGCUCAAGAGUGUGAUAGACAUGGGGACGACCCUGAUCUCGAACGCUGAGAUCAAUGCUUCCCUGACGCCCGCCUUUCCCAACAUUUUCGAUGGCCUUGCCAUGUUGCAAGCCAAAGCUAUCAAGAUGGACGAGCAGCAGAGCAAUGCUGAAUGCAUCGUCUUUCUGGAGGCUGCAGCUGCGCGAGAGGCUAACAUUACGGGCGUAGAUAGUGGCGCAACAGACAAAAGGCUCAAAAGGCUGCUGCAAUAUGGUCAAAAAUUCGGCAAAGCUGAAACGCCACGGCUUUUAAAAAGUGACCAGGGCUUCUAUGAAAUCACAUGGGAAACGAGUCAAUGA